AUGACCAGACCAAACCUGGCAUUUACAGUUCAAGUACCGAGUCAGUACAUACACAGCCCAAAGGUUUCUCAUAUGGAGUCUGCCUUAAGAGUGGUCAAGUACAUAAAAGAAGCACCUAGACUAGGAUUGUUUAUGCCUGCAAAGAGCUCUAACCAAUUGCUAGCCUAUUGUGACUCAGACUGGGGAGCUUGUCUUCAGACUGGAAGGUCUGUAACAGGUUAUCUAGUGAAGUUUGGAGGUGCAUUAGUCUCAUGGAAGUCAAAGAAACAAGAAACAGUGUCAAGAAGUCUAGCUGAAGCUGAGUUUAGAAGUAUGGCUACAUGCAUAGCAGAAAUCACUUGGCUUAUAAGUUUGUUCAGAGAGCUUGGAGUUGAGAUUCAGCUGCCAGUACAAUUGAGAUGUUAUAGCAAGGCUGUAAUUCAGAUUACUGCCAAUCCUAUAUUUCAUGAGAGAACAAAACAUAUUGACAUAGAUUGUCAUUUCGUAAGGGAAAGAAUAUUAUAUGGUAUAGUACAAACGAAUCAUGUCUCUAUCAAGGAGCAACUUGCAGAUAUACUUACAAAGAGCCUUGCAAAAACACAACAUGAUCAUUUUCUGCAUAAUCUAGGGGUGAAAAAUUUGUAUUCGACUGUCAGCUUGAGGGGGAGUGUUGACUAUGGUUAA